GCUACUAGGAGAGGCAUGCAGGCUAUCUGGUUGAUGUUGAUGUUGUUGUUGUUGGUGGCUAUUGCGUUGGGGAAUUCAGACAUAGAUGCACUCCUUGAACUCAAGAAGAGUAUUCAGAAAGACCCUUCUGGAUUAGUUGUUAAUUCUUGGGAUUCCAAAUCUUUAGAUUCCGAUGGAUGUCCUCAGAACUGGUAUGGGAUAUUGUGUACUGAAGGCAAUGUUAUAUCAAUCACUCUUGACAAUGCUGGUUUGGUUGGAGAGUUUAAUUUCCUUGCAAUUAGUGGCCUUACAAUGCUUCGCAACUUGUCAGUUGUGAACAACCAGUUCACAGGAAGUAUCUUAAAUAUUGGUCCAAUGGAAUCACUUGAAAAUUUUGAUUUGUCCCUCAACAAGUUUAGUGGGUCCUUACCCUCUAACUUUGUUGAAUUGAGUAAUUUAGUGUAUCUGAAUCUUUCUUCAAAUGAAUUUGGAGGUACUCUUCCUAUUGGGUUUAACAAACUUGAGCAGUUGAAAUAUUUAGAUUUGCACACUAAUAACUUUUCUGGGGAUAUUAUGCAUAUCUUUUCUCAGAUGGGCAGUGUGCUACAUGUUGACUUAAGCAGCAACAGUUUUUCUGGUACCCUGGAUUUAGGACUUGGAGAUGACUCCUUUCUCUCCUCAAUUCAAUAUUUAAAUGUUAGCCACAAUUCCUUGAUUGGUGAGCUAUUUGCUCAUGAUGGUAUACCAUACCUUGACAAUUUAGAGGUGUUUGAUGCUAGUCAUAAUCAGUUAGUGGGUAAUAUACCUUCCUUCACAUUUGUGGUAUCUCUAGGGAUUCUUCGACUUGCAUGCAACCAGUUGUCAGGUUCACUGCCAGAAGCUUUAUUGAUGGAAAGUUCAAUGAUGUUGUCCGAACUGGAUCUUAGUCAAAACAAGCUUGAAGGUCCCCUUGGAAGUAUUACUUCAGUGACUCUGAGGAAGCUUAAUAUAUCUUCAAACAAAUUGUCAGGCCCCUUACCUCUCAAGGUAGGCCACUGUGCCAUCAUAGAUUUGAGUAAUAACAGGCUGUCAGGUAAUUUGUCAAGGAUCCAGUAUUGGGGUAAUUAUGUGGAAGUUAUUCAGUUAAGUACAAAUUCAUUGACAGGAAUGCUUCCAAAUGAAACUACUCAAUUUUUAAGGUUAACAGCACUUAAGGUAUCCAAUAACUCAUUGGAGGGUUUUCUCCCACCAGUCUUGGGAACAUACCCAGAACUAAAAGAGAUUGAUCUUAGCCUCAACCAGCUUUCUGGGUUCCUCCUACCAAGCCUUUUCACCUCAACCAAAUUGACUAAUCUCAACCUCUCGAACAAUCAGUUUUCUGGAUCAAUUGGUAUUCAACUUCAAAUUCCAAAUAAUUCAUUAGUUUCAGCUGACAAUUUUAGUUUGGUGUUUCUUGAUCUUUCAUACAACAACUUGAGCGGGCUUAUUCCUUCAAAAAUUAGUAAGCUUCACAAUUUGGCAUAUCUCAAUCUGUGUAACAACAAAUUGGAAGGUGCUAUUCCAGAUGACCUUCCAGCUGAAUUGAGAGGAUUCAAUGUGUCCUUCAAUAAUCUUUUUGGCGUUGUACCAGACAACUUAAUGCAGUUUCCUGAAUCAGCAUUUCAUCCAGGAAAUACUAUGCUGAUAUUUCCACAUUCACAAUUAUCACCAAAAGAUACUUCCAACCUAGGUUUUAGGGAACAUGGGUUACAUAAAAAAUCUGUAACUAGGAGUGCCUUGGUUGCAUGUUUGGUUAUUGGUGCUUUGGUGAUGGCUUUUUUGGGUAUAAUGAUUUAUUAUAGGGUUCAUCAGCAAAAAGAAAAGACUUCUAAACAAAAUGGAGCAAGAGGCAUCACCGAAGAGAGUUCUUCCACAUCAAAUAGAGAGAAACCUAACAGAAAUUUGGAAGCAUUGCCACCUUCUCAAAGGGGGUCUGCUGAUGAUGAGAGAAACAUUCAUCCAAUGGUCAAGAAGCCAAAAGAUCUUGGCCCUUCUGAAUUAGUUAAGAAUGAGGAAGGAACUUCUUCUUCAAAGUCUAUUUUGUCCGCUUCAAAUCCUUCAUCUUCUAAAAGCCACCAGUUUGAGAAUCCUGGUUCCUUCAAAGCAACCUCUCCAGAUAAACUGGUUGGGGACUUGCAUCUAUUUGAUGGGUCAUUGACGCUGACAGCGGAAGAACUUUCAUGUGCUCCAGCGGAAGUUAUUGGCACGAGUUGUCAUGGAACACUCUACAAAGCUACACUCAACUCUGCUCAUGCAUUGGCUGUCAAAUGGUUAAGAGAAGGAAUAACUAAAGGAAAAAAAGAGUUUGCACGGGAAGUAAAGAAACUUGGGACUAUCAAGCAUCCAAGCCUGGUUUCUGUUCAGGGUUACUACCUGGGGCCAAAGGAUCACGAGAGACUGAUUAUAUCAAAUUACAUGAAUGCACAAUCUUUGGACAUUUAUCUCCAUGAGCCAGAUAAAAGAAGUCUCCAUCCUUUGUCUCUUGAUGAAAGGCUCAGGGUGGCUGUAGAGGUUGCGCGAUGUCUGCAUUACCUACACAAUGAGAAAGCCAUACCUCAUGGCAAUCUUAAAUCCACAAACAUUCUACUAGAAAAUCCUAACAGAAAUGCCUUGCUCACUGACUAUAGCCUGCACCGAAUACUCACUGCUUCUGGUACUGCUGAGCAAGUUCUGAAUGCUGGUGCACUUGGUUAUCGACCUCCUGAGUUUGCUAGAUCAAACAAACCAUGCCCUUCCUUGAAGAGUGAUGUCUAUGCAUUUGGUGUUAUCUUGUUAGAGCUCCUAACAGGAAGAAAUCCUGGUGAAAUCAUUUCUGGGAUUCCAGGGGUGGUUGAAUUAACAGAAUGGGUUAUGUUUUUAGCUGAACAAGAUCGUUCUAGCCAGUGUUUUGACAAGUUUCUUGUGGAAAAGCAUAAUGGAGAAGGAUCAUCUAGAAUACUUGAUGAAAUGCUGAAGGUGGCUCUUAGAUGCACUCUUUCAGCAUCUGAGAGGCCUGAUAUGAAAACGGUCUUUGAUGAUCUUUCAACAAUAAGGUAGAGUUGCUGAUCAUAGCCUU